AUGGAAGGGGUUCCAGUGGAGAUAAUUUCUCAUCUUACCUUAGCUGGAUUUGCUGGAGUAGUUCAGUUGGCAUGCUUUCCUAUUGACCGACAUCUUAUUACAGCUUUGGUAGAAAGAUGGAGGCUAGAGACUCAUACCUUCCACAUGGUUCCUGGAGAGUAUACUAUAACUUUUCAGGACAUUGCUAUUCAAAUAGGGCUUCGUAUAGAUGGAAAGGCAGUCAUUGCAGCUGUAAGAGGUAAUAAGGCACAAAUUAUGGAGGACUUGCUUGGUAUUAGGCCACUUGAUGAUGCAUUUAUGGGGAGCGGUUUGAAGUUGAGUUGGUUGGACCAACACUUUACACAUGUUGCAAUGCAUAAUCAUAAUGAACUUCAGCUUACUCGCUUUGCUAGAGCUUAUAUUCUGAGAUUAAUAGGUGAUUUCAUGUUGGCUGAUCAUUCCUCUAGAGAGUACAGUGGGGGAGCUGCAGCAUUGGCAUUUCUAUACCAAAAGUUAUGCAUGUCGACCAAUAUUAAGUGUUCUGGUAUUGGAGGAUUAACCCCACUACUUAUGAUGUGGGCAUGGGAUAGGUUUCCAUUUUUACAGCCUAAUAAUCUUGUCCACACACGACCAGAUAUUCCUUACGGUGCACGGUGGUUAGUGAGUCAGAGUUAUAGUAGACAUGAUACUCGGUCCCGACAUCGUCCAAAAAUCCCUAAUCUUGUUCCGUUGUGA